CCUUCUCUCCUCACGAACGCUCCACAUCCGUCGAGGGCAGCACGCCGACGCCGGCCUGUCACGGGCCUCGUGCUCGCCUGCUGCCCCUUCCGUCCGCCCUCUUCCUCACUCUGCUUCGCAUCAUGCUCGGCAUGCUGCCGCCGCUGCGGGCCUCGCUGCUGCGCGUGCUCACUGGCGCGCAGCCGCAGCCCGCCAACGGUGAUCUCGAGCAGGCCAUCCCGCUCGAGCCGCUCGCCGACGGACGCAGCUCGCCCACGUCGUCGGACGACAAGGCGCCGCCGCCCGUGCCCGCUCCCUGCCUUCAGAGCGUGGCCGACAUUCUGCGCACGGCACGCACGCUCGACGGCUCGCUCGACCAGGCCAAGGCGUGCACGCUGCUCCUCGCCGCGGCCGCCAUGACGAUGACAUUCGUCGGCGUGCUGCUGGGCAGCACCGUGUGGCAGCUGGUGGACCGCAUCCGCAAGCCGGUGGUGAAGGCGUGAGCGCCGCAUCAAAAAGGAGCGUGCGGGACGGAUGCGCACAGAGCCGCUUCGUCUUUCUCCUUUCUCAAGCUCGGACCCCGGCCCCGGAGAUCCCAUCUUGUCCUUUUUCCUCUCUCCUAACGACCCUCCCUUGUCUCGCCGCGUAACGACCUCUCAAUCUUCAUUUCUCUUGUACAUAUUGCCUCUACUUGUGCCGCAUGCCCUCGAGCUCGCCGCUCUUGCGCCACU